GAAAAGGGGUAGUAUGAUCAAAACGUGAGCAUCAGGAUGUGUGAAGAGCUGCUUCAUCAACGAUAGCCGUUGGUAUAAUAGUACGCAGUCGAUAUCGAGCAAGAUGUCGACCUACAACGUUGAUGAUGGCAGCAGGGCUAGGGGGCGUUGCUGUAGCAGAAACAGAUGUCGCAAAUACAACAUGCGCAUAUCAGUUGUGUCCACGUGACCCGUUGGCUGCAGCCCGACUUUUGGUAGAGCUCAUUGCUCAACACUUCCAUCUUCCUUCAGCAAGUCAUAGCGGCCUGAUCCCACCUCCAUAGUAACAUUAACAUUAUUGAACAACUCCCAUAUCUCUAUAUUGCUCGUACGUGAUCAUUUUGUCAUUUUUAAAUUCUUCGGUGGAAAUCGCUUGAUCCCACGCUUACUCUGAUUAUCUUAAGCUUAGACCUGCACCAUCAUAGUCAGACCAUAAUAGAAGGAAGCCAGUCUUUCCUUCUUGAUCUCGAUCAUGACCUCUCCAAUCAAAUCCCAGCUGGUCGUCUUCGACUUUGACUGGUCAAUGGCAGAUCAAGACACCGAUCGCUGGAUAUUCGAGGUCUUAGCACCUGAUAUCCGCAGAAAGAUGAAAACACUCAAAGACAGCGUCCAAUGGACCGAUCUCAUAGCUCAAUCGCUGCAAGAACUCCAUGCACGCGGCGGGACGCGUGAACAGAUCGAAGAUGCUCUCCGUAAAAUGCCCUUCCACCCCGCGAUGGUCCGUGGUGUCACAAAUCUCAAGGGUGCUUCCAACCCCACCACCACGUUCUUCUGCCUCUCUAACGCCAACGCCGUCUUCAUCUCCACUAUUCUCGAGUCGAAAGGGCUGCAAAACCUGUUUGAAGAGAUAGUGACAAACCCGGCCGAGUUUGACCCUUCGGGCCUACUCAAGCUCCGUCGUAGAGUCGACCCAAACGGGCCUCAGCACAGCUGCACAGUCGGUUGCAGCCCCAAUAUGUGCAAAGGUGAAGAGCUUACCGCAUUCUUGGAGCUCCACAAACCUGGCUACGAUCGCAUCAUCUACGUCGGAGACGGGUCUAAUGACUUCUGUCCCAUCCUCAGACUAAGAAGCCAAGACAUGGUGCUCUGCCGGCGCUUCCGCGGCCUCGAGCGCCGUAUAUCUCAGGAGGGCGGUCAACAAUGUCAGGUCAAGUACUGGGCGGGUGCCUGGGAGGUUGAAGAGAUCUUCAAUCAACUCAUAGAGCAAAACUGA